ACACACACACACACACACACACAUACAGCGAUAAAAGUGUGAAAGACCCUCAGUCCGUUGAGGGCAAUUACAGUGGGUCUACUGAACAAAUGGAAGGAUAACCAAACAGUUCUGUACUGGGCAAUCAAUUUGUUCGAUGACUUGUUUUUCGAUAACGCCAAAAAUGAGGAGGCAGCAAAGCUGUUUAUCAAUGCGGGAGGACCGACAGCCGUAGCGGACGCCAUGAAGAAAUUUCCCGAUAAUGAAGGUAUUCAACAGUUUGGUAUUUCAGUCAUGUACUUUUGUUUCAAUAGUAUGAAAGUCGAUAAUCCGAAACGGGUGGAUGCCGUGAGAAGCUACGUCCAAGACAUUGAUGGUAUUCCCAUAGCGGUCAAGGGCAUGAAGCGGUGGCCCGACAACAUGUCCGUGCAAGAAUUCGGAUGCAAACUGUUUUCUGGAAUCAUCUACGACGAAGAUAAGUAUGAUCAUGCGAUGGUGGAAAAGUCCGCUGUGGCGGCUGUUUCCACAACUAUGCAGAGGCACUGGAACAAUCAUUCCAAUAAGUCUGUCAAGAUCGCGGCAUGUCGUUUCAUGAACGAAAUGUUCAGAAAUUAUGGCGAGAAUUGGUCGCCCUAAAGAAUAGACUAUACCGCGUUCCUUCAUCAUGCAAAAGCUAGGUGCUGUUUGCCGGCCAACCAAUGCCGAACCUGCCUUUGGAUCGGUUACUUCGAAGUCUAAAAUGAUAGAUCUCUUCCCUUAUCUCACAUCUCCAAACUACAUGUAGCUAGUAAGCUAAUCACACUUUCAAUUCCCA